AUGAAAUGUCGCAUUCCUAACCUGUCAUUGUGGUAUUGUUUUUUACCUUUUAGAUCACAUCGUUUCAAUGUGAAAAAGCUAGUUUUAAUCGUCGACCAUCCAACAUCACACCAUUAAAUAUAGUUUAUUCACUGAAACAAAGCAGUUACGACAUAUUUAGUAAAUUUAAAUGCCAACCUUAAUGCAAAAUAGAUCCUAAAUUGGUAUGCUGUUCACAGUUUUCUGUGUUGUGAUAUUAUCGCGAAGCUUGUCAGGCAAUUAUGCCAACGACUGUUGUUCAUUUGUCGUUUAUUUUCGUUCUUUUUGACUCAAUAUUUGCAUUGGUAUUUUAUAAGAAUAAUUUUUUUCAAAAUUUUGACGUGUCCUAUUAGCAAUUUUGCUAAAAUGCCGAAACCUCUUUCACGAAAUAUUUUGAGACCGAACGAGAUCAUGGAGCUCCAUUAUUGCCUUUACAGUCAGUAAGAGAGUUAUUAGGUAGUAAAUAGAAUUUAUAGAACUCAAGCGUUUACAAAACAUACGCUCCGUAAUUUUCGUUACGGUAAGGCAUCGACGGCAUAAAGUAGAUUUGGUGUGCGUCACUAUUUGACGUAGUGACGUAACUUGAUCCAGUGAAUAUCAUCGGGCCUGUCUAGGGAUAUUAGCAUUCAUUGCUAACUUGUAAGUUAAUAAACAUUCCACAAGAAUUGCAGACAAAUUGGAAUGAAAAAUCCAGCUGAUUGAUUUUAGCGACUCAGCAGUUGCAAGCGAGUGACAGGAAGAACCUAUUUUUUAGUGCACAUGCUUUUGAUCAAGACGCCUCUUGCAUGUUGCUGACUGUACAACGGGUAUAGAGGGCAGGAUGUUGUUGACAACAAAAGAAACUAAAUGGAAUUCGUGGUCUGUAUUGUUUUUGGUUAUGGGCCCAGAAGAGGUCAAGUGGUUGACUUUUGUAAUCCAGAUUGAGCGAGCAGUAUAAACGAUCGCAGAUCGGUCAAAGGGUACGUGUUCACGAAGAAUGGGACAGCUAUCUCUUGAGAAACCAGAAAGCAGACCAUAGUCGCUCUCUCGACAACGGAAAGUAUGUGGCUAUGUAGCAGCUCAAGAAGCGUUAUGGUUCAGAAGACAGAAGAGAAGUUGGGACAGAAUGCUACAUGUAGACAACCAAGGUGCACAGAGCCCUGCAGUCAAUUGAGCCUAUCAUCCUAGGACGAAUCACAUAGAUGUCAGCACGAUUUCAUUAAGGAGAAGUUUGAGGAAAAGCUCCUAGAACUAAGGUGCAUUUUCACGGGCCAGAAGGUAUCAGACAUUCUAACAAAGCCAGUCGAAAGGAAGAAGCAUCAGUUUCAUGUCAGGAGCCAAAUUUUGAAGGACUGCAAACAGAUGAGGUGGUCAGUGUCAAAUUUUUGUUACGUAAGAUAUGUAAUCUUUUCUUUCAACUUGUAUAUUUAAAAUCAAGUUCCACUGGAAACCUCUAGUUGCCAUAACAUUAAGUGGUGUAGGCCCUCUUGGCAAGCUUUAAGAAUGGUUCAAAAUUUUAACCUAUAUUUAAUUUAAGUGUCUCCUAGGUGACACUUAAUUUGUUUUUCCUUCCAUUUACACUGCUCUGAAAACGCGAAAACCCACCCAACACUAUUUUCACAACACACCGGUUAAU